AUGAGAGGGUUUGCGUUUUACCAUGGCGAUCCAAACUCUGGCAUCUUGGGCGUAUGUGAUGAGUAUGCCCUCCAACGAGACGGUUGCUCCAGUGUAUCUCGAACUCGACGAAUCUAUCAAGCUGAAGGUAGGUAUGAGCAGAAAUCACAUAGAGAACAUGAGAACAGACUUACGCUACUAAUGAAUGCAGUUGUAAUUGGGCGACGCUGCGUGAUUCGACCUCGCCCCGAGACAUUGAUGAGAUUGGGGCUAUACGGGAGAGCUUCGGAUGGCAUAGGCACCGGAGCUAAGAGACCACUGUUGACGUUAACAAUCAGAUUGGCCUGGUAUUGGCUGACAAAGACGGUACCAGAAAAAGCUAUGGUUAUGCCAGUGUCGAGAGGGGCAAUUCGUGUAGACGAAAGAUUGAAAGGAGAUCUGUUGUGCCUCCGCGAGUGUGCACGGAAGGCUGCAUUGACUGUUAGCUCAAGCGUAUCUCUUCGACAGCGGGACGCGUAUCUCUUGUACAGCGAGACUCACUGGGGUGCGUAUUUCGACAAUACCAUCCAUGACGUCCCUCCUGCUUUGCAAUAUGUCAUCCUUCCUACGGGUUACAUCUUCUUAUUAUUUACGAUCAUUCAUAACGACUCGAUGGCAAACAUCAAUGAUUCGCGUCUAACAGUAACUUGGAGUGGAGUUUUCAGGCUGGAUUCAGAGGUUCCUCGACAGUGCAGUGGCCCAGGGACUCGACUGUGCUAUCAAAGUCCUAUUUUCCUUCGAGUGAAUAGACGUACCCAUUCAAUGGUUUUUGUGCAUGCACAACAGAGUGCUCCUUCGGUUGCGGCUGGACGUUGCGUUUGGUUAACUGGGGAAAUUCUUGCACGGAGUCGGCAACGCGAUACGAUUAUCAUGGUGACGCCUGAAUCGGUGGUAGAGCUAGGUAGUUACGCGUCUCAACUUCCGGCGCCACUUUCAAUCUUAUCGGUACAAAGUCGAGGUCAUGUUUUAGGGCGUGCUGCACAUUUCACUGUUGCGUAUGAAGCGACGGCAGAAUUGGUAACAAGACUUGGUGAAGCGGUGUUUACUGUCGGAAAUAUUGUCAACUUGCGAGGUGUAGUCAUUGGAUAUGUCCAUCGUAGUCGGAAUUGGGUUGUAGAAACGGAGGACGCUGGAGCAUUCGAUAGUUAUUACGGUGGUGAUCGGUAG